AUGUGGAGACUCUGGAGAUCACGUAAUGACUUCUUAUUCCGAAAAAUCAACCGCUCACCACUAUCAGAAGCAAGAAAAGGAAUACAAGAAGCAGAUGAAUGGUAUGAAGCCACAAGAACAUCCGCAAUCACUCCAACAAAUAAUCAGUCCUCCAACUUGCCGACUAGAAGAAUAUUGCAACAAUGGCAUGCUCCUCCAGAAGGUUGGCUGAAAUGUAACUUUGAUAGUAGGUACAUCCAAGACAGAGAAUACACCAGCUCAGGAUGGAUCAUACGUGACAGCAAUGGUCAAGUGACUCUUUCGGGAUGCGCAAAACUACAACAAUUACAUUCUGCACUUCAAGCAGAGGCUCUCGGAUUUCUUCAUGUCCUUCAAGUGACGUGGUAUCGAGGCUUACAUUAUGUUUGGUUUGAAGGUGACAACUUGGAACUUACUAAUUUAGGGAAAGAUCACCACAAGAUAGGGCCUCUACUCUAUGACAUACGACACUGGAUGUCCAAAUUACCACACUCUUCUUUAGGACAUGUUUGUCGUGAAGAGAAUACUGCAGCAGAUAAACUAUCUCAUCAUGCUUCUUUGAUGAAUCAUAUGUACCAAGUCUUUGAUGUAAUACCAAAUUGGUUAACUAACAGUUUGUAA